AUGGCGCGAACCCUUAUACGCUUAACACGCUUAACAACUGCAAAUCUUAAAAUCCAUUGCGAUAAUUUAGACCUAACUGAAACCCAGUUUCGUUCUCAAAGAAUGAUCGAUUAUGUGAAUUAUGCACAAACAAGUUUGGGCAGUGAUGACUAUGACGUUGAUAGCUCAACAAUAAAUUCAUUUGCGCAAGCGUCUGUUGUUGUCGAAAACCGCCUGCAAGCUCCAGACGGCAGAAGUAUUGAUGGUUUUAUUUAUGGUCGACUUAAUAUAUUGGAGGCGAGUGAUAACUCGUCAGUUGAAGAAGAUGAAGAAAUGCAAUCGAGAUAUGGCGGUGAUGUCUUUCUUGGAACUGGCACGAAGAGAAAAAGAGAAGAAUCGAUCAGUGAUGAGGAGGAGGCAUCCAGCUACACCGAAGAAACUAAUAAAGCUAGCGAAACUAAAGAAUCUUCUGUCGCGGCUCGCCCGCGAAAGAGAAUUCAGGUGGCAAGAAUGAGAGCGACUCCGUGGUACCUCUUACCACAAAAUAAUGAAUAA